AUGAGCCUGGGGAGCGUCAGGGAAGGUGGCUGGACUCUGGCACUGGACCUGACCUCCUGGACGUCCAUCUGCAUAUUCAGAAGUCGUUCCCAGCCGGUUGGCUGCCUCCGGCCUCCCCACUCCCUCUUUAAAGGACCUGAGCGCAGCGGGAGGACGCGCCCGCGCUGCCUCUGCGGCAUCCCACGGCCCCCGGCCACCUGCCCUCGGGACGCUGCGCUCCCUGCGCCCCUGGAGCCAAGUCCAUCACUGGAAACAAUCCCAAACCAGCUGAGGGUCAGCCCUCUGGUGUCCAGGCAGGAGGAAGGGACAAUGGAUGGCAGCACCGCCUCUGAGCAGAACAGAGACCGUGCCACUUCAGGGCACAGCCAGGGGCUGAAGACAGAGCCCUGUUUCCAGACCAACUCUCUCUUGCCUUCCACCAGCACAUCCCUGAUAUCACAGCUCCUCAGUCACCCGAUGGUUGGCAGGAGCCUGGAUCCUUGCAUCCUUUUCCCUUCCUCCCAGGCAGUGGCCCUGCCUCAGGACUACGAGUGUGGUGCCUCUCCUGGAGAAGGAGCGCAAGCCCUGCCUUUCCCCAGAACCCGUGCCCCAGCUUCCGUGCCCUGUGCUGGUGACAGGGACCAGCUCUCCGACCAGCACCUACGGGACCAGCUCUCUGACCAGCACCUACGAGCCAAGCGGGCCAGAGUGGAGAGCAUCAUCCAAGGCAUGAGUCUCCCACCAACCCCACCGGCAUUUGGCACCAGCCUGGAGGCAGCCUUUGGUCAUGAGAGGGAGAGAGGUGGUGAGAUGCCCCGGGAGAGCAAGAGGAAGCCAAGGGUGCCCCAGCAGGGUGCAGGGGCAGCUGGGCGAGUGGCCCCCAUGGUGGGCAGCCCUCAUGCUGAGGGCUGCCAGCAGCUGAAGGAGCAGCUCUGCUUUUUAGAGCAGCAGCUCAGGUGGCUUCAGGAGAAGUUCUCCCAGGUCUGUGACUCUGGGGAUGCUGCCCAAAGCCAGGAAGGUGCUGAGAAAGUGCAUCCACUGCCUGGGAAGCCUGGAGACAGACCGGACAAGAACAGUGCCACUGCCACCAGUGACCUGUGCAAAGCACCUCUCUGGAGGAGUGUCCUGGAGGUGCACGGGCCAGAGGAGGACGAGGACAGAGGCGACAUAGGUGGCUUGCCCUCAGCAGCGAGGGUCCUCUCGCAGGCGCUGAAGCAUGAGCUGGCCGGGGUGACAUCCCGGGUGGUGGACUCUGUCCUGAAGACCAUCUGGCCAAAGGCAGCCAGCCACCUUCUGCAGCAGCACCGCAGCCUCCCGGUGCCGGGGCCAGGUGCCAGGAGGGAGUAUUUUGCUGCUGGGAAAUGCAGAAAGCCACUUGCUAAGCCAUCUCCCGUGAGUGCAUCGGGCUCGCUGAGCUCACCCCAGGCUGCAGCCCUGACAGGAACUUCAGGGAAGAGCUCGGGCUCUCAUGCUGGCUCCUUCAGUUCAAAGGGGGGCAGAAAACCCUGUCACGUACCCAACAUGGGUUAUCCUCCGGGCUUGGCCACCCCUGUCCAGGACAGCCAGCUCCUGAGCCAGCUGCUGGGCCACGGCCAGCAUGGCCCCUGGGGCAACAGCUCUUGCGGGAGCCCCCCUGCUCCAGAUAGGGGUCCUCCAGAAUCCCUCAACUUGCACUGGGGAACCGUCAAACUGCGGUCGUCAGUCGUGAGACAGCCGCAGCAGCAACAUCCCCUGCCCCUGAGCCCUGCCGAUGUGGAGAGCCUGGCGCUGCUGCCAGCUGGCAGGGAUGGCCACAGGGAGCUGCAGGCUGCGAUGGACGGGGCACCCUUUGCCUCCAUCCAUAUUCAGGAGGCGCUGACCCCCGGCCACCUUAAGAAGGCCAAGCUGAUGUUUUUCUUCACCCGCUACCCCAGCUCCACUCUGCUGAAAACCUACUUCCUCGACGUGCAGUUCAGCCGCUGCAUCACCUCCCAGCUCAUCAAAUGGUUCAGCAACUUCCGUGAGUUUUACUACAUCCAGGUGGAGAAGUUUGCCCGGCAGGCUCUGCUGGAGGGUGUCGUGGAUGCCGGUGCCCUUCGGGUCUCCCGGGACUCGGAGCUCUUCCGUGCCCUCAACACGCACUAUAACAAGGGAAACGACUUUGAGGUGCCGGGGCGGUUCCUGGAGGUGGCCAGCCUGACGCUGCGGGAGUUCUUCAGCGCCGUCAGGGCGGGCAAGGACGCCGACCCUUCCUGGAAGAAACCCAUUUACAAAAUCAUUUCCAAACUGGACAGUGACAUUCCGGAAGGGUUCAAAGCCACCAGCUGCUCCCAGGAACUGCUCCGCAGCUGAGUCUCCACGA